GCGGAGCCCACAGGCAGCUCCGCGGGCGGGUGCAGCAGCAGGGGCAGCUUUGCCUCCCCGGCCUCCCGGCUCAGCGCACGAACCCGGCGCUGGGCACCACCCCGCAGCGGAGCCGAGCCGCUCGGCCCCUCGCCUCGAGGCUGAGCCGCACCGAGAGAGGAGCGGGGUUGUCCCCGCUCAGCCGGGGCCCCCAGCGCGGCUCCUCCCUUCUCGGGAGCGCGGUGCCCGGCCUGGGGGCAGCCUCUUAGGGCCGGCGGGGGCGGCCCCGGCUCAGUCCCGCACGGCGGUCGCAGAGCGAGGCCGCGCUGCCCGCCCCCGCUGCCCAUGGCGCCCCGCCCGGGCCCGCUGCUGCUGCUGCUGCUGCUGCCGCCGGCCGUUUAUAGAGGCGCUCUUGGGGAAGCCCGUUUAAGGAAUAGAAGAGGAAUUCUAGAAUUAGCCGGAGCCAUUAGAUGUACUACAGGACGAUCUCCUUUUGCCUACCUACGUUAUGGAUGCUACUGUGGACUGGGAGGAAGAGGAUGGCCCAAGGACGGAGUAGAUUGGUGCUGCUUUAACCAUGACUGCUGCUAUGGUAAGGCAGAACGAGCAGGUUGUCACCCCAAGAUAGAAAGUUACCACUGGGAAUGUGAAGACAACAUUGCUGUGUGUGAAUCAAUAGAAGACAAGUGUCAAAAAAUGGCAUGUGAAUGCGAUAGUGAAGCUGCCAAAUGUUUUUCUAAAGCUCCCUAUCAUACAAAGUACCUUUUGUGGCCAGAUGUUAUGUGUGGUGAGAUUCAGCCUGUGUGUAGAUAUUAGGUACAAAAGAUCAGCCUUUAUGACAACUCUGUAUGUAUUUAAAACUAAAAAGACUAUUUUUGUCACAGUAUUG